CGUUAUGUUACUGUGGUAGGACGGUGUCACAGAGUAAGAUCCACGGUCCUAGCUGUCCCCAAAUAAGUUUUAAAAACACACACUAACAGGCCGAAGCGACUCACAGCAAGCUUGCAACCCCGACCGUAGCCCCGGACUAUUCGUUUUACCGCCACAAACACAAAAUAACACUCCCGCACCGGCAGUCCUAGUCCUUCACAGCUCCGCGGGGCCCGGCGAGGCGCGGCGGGAGCAGAUGGAGCCUGCACCGGCGAAAGCGAAGCCACAGGGCCGGCUCCUGGUGUCCACUCAGUUGGACGCCAAAGACGAGUUGGAGGAGAGGUUGGAACGGUGUGUUGGUAUUGUCCAGGCCUUGACCAAUGGACUGUCAGAGAGAGAAGCCAAUGAUGCACUUACUGCCAAUGUAUGCAAAGGUCAGCAACAGCAUGAGGAGGUGUGUUUGGGUCUGUUCACUCUGGCCCUCAUUGAGCCAACUCAGGCCCAGAGGUCUUACAGAGACAUGACCCUGCUCAAUAGAGAUGGGAUGAAUGUAGUACUGGUAAAAAUCAACCAGAUAUUGAUGGAGAAGUUCCUGAAGCUGCAGGACGUCCCAAGAACGCAGCUGGUUUGGCUGGUCAGAGAGCUGGUGAAAAGCGGAGUGAUUGGAGCUGACGGUGUCAUCAUGACUCUCCUGAAACAGAUCGCAGGUGGAGACAUCUCCGCAAAGAACUUAUGGCUGGCAGAGAACGUCCUCGAUAUCCUGCUGGACCAAAAGGAAUGGGUGUUGAAGAGCGGGAUGCUAAUAGCAAUGUCGGUAUACACCUACCUUCGCCUGAUCGUUGACCACGGAACCCAAAACCUGUUGCCUCUUCGCCAGAAAGAAGUCGACUUCUGCAUCAGCAUGCUAAGAGAUAAGUUCAUGGAGUGCCUGAUAAUUGGCAGAGAUCUCGUUCGUCUGCUGCAGAAUGUCGCUCGAAUCCCUGAGAUGGAGCUUCUCUGGAGAGACUUGCUGCACAACCCACAAGUUCUCAGUCCUCAGUUCACUGGUAUCCUUCAGCUUCUGACGGCGCGGACCUCUAGAAAGUUUCUGGCCUGUCGCCUCACACCAGACAUGGAGACAAAGCUACUGUUCAUGACUUCCAGGGUGCGGUUUGGGCAGCAGAAGCGUUAUCAGGACUGGUUUCAAAGACAGUACCUGUCCACAGCAGAGAGCCAGUCACUGCGAUGCGAUCUAAUUCGAUAUAUCUGCGGGGUGGUCCAUCCGUCCAAUGAGGUGCUGAGCUCUGACAUCCUACCGCGCUGGGCUAUCAUUGGUUGGCUUCUUACCACCUGCACGUCGAAUGUGGCUGCCUCCAAUGCCAAACUGGCUCUUUUCUACGACUGGCUUUUCUUCAACCCAGAGAAAGACAGCAUCAUGAACAUAGAGCCAGCCAUCCUGGUGAUGCAUCACUCUAUGAAACCCCACCCUGCCAUCACAGCCACACUGCUGGACUUCAUGUGCAGGAUUAUCCCUCACUUCUUUCCUCCGUUGGAGUCUCAGGUUCGUCAGGGUGUCUUCAACUCCCUGAACUUCAUCAUGGAGAAGAGAGUGCUGGCUCAUCUCGCUCCACUGUUCGAUAAUCCAAAAUUAGACCGAGAGCUUCGCUCAAUGCUUAGAGAGAGAUUUCCUGAAUUCUGUAGCCCGCCAUCCCCGCCCACUGAAGUUAAGUUGGAGGAGGCUGUUUCUUUGGAAAUGGACAACCAUGUCCUGGACAAGGAGGAGGAUUUUAAUGAGAACACAGAAGCCACUUUCAGUGAUGACGAGGAGGAAGUCAACAACAAAGCUGGAAAGAAGAGGGAGUUCAGAUUCCAUCCGAUCAAAGAAGCUGUGACUGAGGAACCGGCCGACAUCACACCCUGGCUGGACCAGUUAGACGACACCAUGAAAGAAAAGGUGCAGCAGCUUCAGAAGACCAGUGACACAGAGACGCAGUGUGAGAUGAUGCAGGAGAUUGUUGAUCUGAUCUUGGAGGAGGACUUUGAUUCAGAGCAAAUGUCUGCACUGGUGUCCUGUCUGGCUGAACUGUUUAAAGAUCAUUUUAGGGGGGACGUCCUGCCAGAUGAGAUCACUGAGGAGUCUCUGGAGGAGUCGGUCUGCAAACCCUUCUGUCUCAUCUUUAGGAACCUCGUCACCAUGCAAGAGGACAACAGCGGCUUCUCUGUGCUGUUGGACAUGUUGGCAGAACUUUACCAGAAGCAGCCAAAGAUUGGAUACCACCUUUUGUAUUACCUGAAAGCCAGUAAAGCAGCGAAUGGGAAGAUGAUGCUCUAUGAGUCGUUUGCCCAGGCGACGGCUCUCGGGGACCUGCACACUUGUUUGAUGAUGGACAUGAAGGCUUGUCAGGAGGAUGAUGUCCGGCUGCUCUGCUACCUCACACCCUCCAUUUACUCAGAGUUUCCAGAUGAGACGCUUCGAAGCGGCGAGCUGCUAAACAUGAUUGUCGCGGUUAUUGACUCAACGCAGUUACAGGAGCUGAUGUGCCACGUGAUGAUGGGUAACCUGGUGAUGUUCCGGAAAGACUCGGUCCUCAACAUCCUCAUUCAGUCUCUGGACUGGGAGACGUUUGAGCAGUACAGCACCUGGCAGCUGUUCCUUGCCCAUAGUAUCCCUCUGGAAACCAUCAUACCCAUCCUACAGCAUCUCAAAUACAAAGAGCAUCCAGAGGCCUUGUCCUGCCUGCUGUUGCAGCUCCGCAGGGAAAAGCCUAGUGAAGAAAUGGUGAAGAUGGUCUUGAGUCGCCCCUGUCACCCUGAGGACCAGUUCACCACGAGCAUUCUGAGGCACUGGGCAGCCAAAUAUGACGACACACUGGGAGAACACAUCAAGGCCCAGCUGAUCAAAAACAACAACCAGCCGCGUAAAAGGCAGAGUCUACGUAGCUCCAGCAGUAAACUGGCUCAGCUGACCCUGGAACAGAUAUUAGAGCACAUGGACAACCUGAGACUGAGUCUGAACAACAUGAAGAACAACUUCUUUACUCAAACCCCAAUCCUUCAGGCCCUGCAGCACGUCCAGGCCAGCUGUGACGAAGCGCAUAAGAUGAGGUUCAGCGAUUUGUUCGCCCUGGCGGAGGAGUACGAGGACUCUCAGUCAAAGCCCCCAAAGUCACGACGAAAAGCCCCGGCCUCAUCGCCUCGCUCCAGGAAAGGAGUGGCUCCGCCCACCAACAACGAGGAGGAGAGUGCUUCCACCAGUGCCUCGGAGGAAGAAGACUCGAAGCCCAAAGCACCGAAGAGGAAGCGGAAAGGCUCAUCAGCCGUGGGCUCUGACAGCGACUGACGGACCCUUCCAACGUGAACAAGCACACUCCAGCCAACCAGCCACAUGACCACAGCGAAGAGGCCUGCGAUGGGCUCAGGGACGCUGCGGGCUUCAUAUCCAUGUUUUGAACUGAUUUUCACCGACGAGACUAUUUCUGUUUCCAUGGAAACAGGGACAGAUUGCUGGACUCCCAUAUGGCAGGUCAAAGGUCACUGUGUGGCUGAUCUCCCAUGAUGCACCAGGGGGAGUAACCACAAACUCUUGAACCAAAUGGACUAAUUUUAACCGUGGACACAAUGAUGAUAAUGAUAAUGAUGAUGAGGAUGAGGAUGAUGAUGGUUAUGAGUGUGAACCCUGUCUUUUUUUUUUCCUUUUUUUUUUUUUGGCCCAGCUUUUCUGGGGGUGGGGUGGGACCUUGGACUCUUGUUUUUGGAGGAUCCUGACUACCUGCUGUUUUUAGCAGCUCCUUCAUGUUUGUUUGACUUCAGUAAAAGAUGCUCAUCUGUUGUUCAAUCAUCUCAGAUGAAUUCUGCAUAUAAAAGCUGAUGGUUUCAGGGCGUCAUACGUCUGUUACUUGGGGCUGGGAGGGAGGUGUGAUGCUACUCAGGGGCACUACGGCAACACAGAAAAGCAUCCUGUUGACAUUUUACCAUUUUGUGCUUAAAUAUGUCAAAUUACAUUUGGUUUGGCUCUGAGGCCUCUGAACUUUUCUAACUUUUGAUGAAAACUCAGUCAUGUUAAUCAACACGGAAUUAACUAUUUCAUAGUCCAUGCAUCUUUUACACAGUUUGGUAAUUACAUAUAUAUUUUUUUUAAGGUUAAAAGAGUAUCUCAUCUGCUUUGGAUCUAGCUUCUCACUGCAGAGCUGAGGAAAAGCUUUCAAACGCUUAUUUUCUGCCAUGUUUCAUCGUGAAGCCUUCAUUGGUUCUGUGUGCUAUUUUAGGAUCACACAAUUAAUAACAAGUGAACAGUUUAUGUUUGCAAAAAAACAACCCAAAGGCUAUAAUCAAAAUGAAACAAAUCAAAGAGUGACUAGAUGUGGGUUUAUCUUUGUAAUUAUAAAGAUUAUCUGAGAAAAACAUGAGUUAUGGCCCGGUUUUACAAGUGACAACAUGAAAAAGUUAGAGUUGUUUUAUUUGCAGGCACGUCCUAUUCAAUGGCUAGCUAACUGUAAAAAAAAGCCCAUUUACUACAACACAGGGAUACUUCAGCAGUAUCUUUAUGUGCUGAAUUUUUCAGUGGAUGCAGGGUUUGGGUAAAAGUUCAUCGCCAAUUGUACAUCUCAUGUGUUUCCAAUGUUUUCUAAGGGAUAAACAGUUUUUUUGUUUUGUUUUUGUUUUUUAUAGACAUAUAAGCGCCUUAAAGGUGUACAUUAUACUUUUCUGUCAGUGGAGAGACCUUUUUUUCAAUUUUUUUUUUAUCUUAUAGCAACUUUAAUUAAGCUGUUAAUAAGGAUGUAAUUAAAAUUUUUUGGUGGUAUUUUAAGAGUAAUACGCU